AUGGAGCUAACAUAUGAAUUUGAUUUAGUAGGACCUUUUUGUGACAACCCGUGAAGAACAAUUUUCAGUUUCAUUUGAAAAUUUUGAGCCGGUAUUUGAUUACUAAGAAAUUAAGCUCAGGCAAUGCCUGAAACUACAUGUCUACAUGCUUAGAUAAUCGGUCCCCUAAGACAUAACAAAUAUAAAGUCAUGUUAUUCAUAUCACAAUGUGAAACAUUUUGUUGAUCUGUGGUCUCACGACAGAAGGCCUUGACGCUCAGUUCAUCUUUGAAAUGUCCCCACAAUGUAUUACCUAUGUACCAGAUUGAAUUCAUUUAUUUCCUCACCGUGACGUUUACGAAGCUCGUAGCCCACGUAAUGUGUUAGUUACUCCUCUUUAUUUUCGUCUUUUCUGAUAUGAUCAGGCAGCAGAAAAGAAUACUGUGAUAGAGAAGAAGCUUAAAAAGAAAUUUCUUGGGUUGCAUAAAACAUCAGAAAAUAUUCAUUCAGAAUUCCUUUAUGCUGGGACAAAAAAAGUUAAUCAUCUGAAACAGUCACUUCAUGAGAGCAAUUCAGUGGAUCGUGGUUUCCUGGCUGCUGAGACUAAAUCUUAUUGUGAACACAAAGAGGUGGUCUCGUUCAUUUGGGCAGCUACUAGGAGCAUAGUCCCUGUGGAUUUACUUGGUGACUAUUCUAACUGGAGAUCAUUAAGACGAAAUAUAUCAAAAUUUGUGAGACUGCGUAGGUUUGAAACGUUUUGUCUCAGGCAAUGUGUUAAUAGGCUCCAAACAUCAAAAUUUUCUUUUCUAUCAAGAAUUCCAAAUCGCCCUCUCUGCUACUGUUUUUCAAGAGAAGGCUCGACCAUGGUCAAAGACUGCUGGGAAUCCAAAGAUGAUUGGAUAGUUCUGAAGCACAAGCUUUUCCAUGGAUGGAUAUUUUGGUUCUUCUCAUGCAUGGUAGUACCCAUGCUGGGUGCCAACUUUUAUGUCACUGAAAGUGAGUUUGGGAAACAUGAAGCACUUUAUUACCCAAAACCUGUGUGGACUACAUUACUUGCCAGAACCAUGAGUUGUCUGAAGAAGCAGAACUACUGCCCCAUUGACUUAAAAUAUUUUGCGAAAAUUACCAGUAGUAGGCCAUUUGGUUUUUCUAAAGUUAGAUUUCUUCCAAAGGAGAAAGGAAUGAGGCUUUUAGCAAAUCUCAAAGCUCCAUCUAAAGCCUGGUUACUUGCAAAGUCCUCUUUUUGUGAUCACAUCGCUAAAACGAGUGAUAAGUCAAUAACACGUUUGAAAGGAAGAAAUUCUAACAGAAAACUAAAGCUUGUUCACUUCAGAUCCGUCAACUCUGCCCUCCAUGAUGUACAUGCUAUUCUGAAAAGGAUAAAGAGUGAGCAUCCUCUGAUGGUAGGUGCAUCUGUGUUUGAUUACAAUGAUGUCUAUCAAGUAUUGUACGGGUUUCUUGCCAGGCUUAAGAAUGGAUCAACAACCGUGCCCAAGGUGUUCAUUGUUGUUGCAGAUGUGUCAAAGGCAUUUGAUUCCAUUAACCAGGACAGGCUUCUUGAUGUCAUGAAGGAUGUAAUAUGGAAGAAGGAAUAUCUUCUCAGAAAAUAUGCUCAAGUCAUUUGUACAAAAAAGACCAUGAGUACCCGUUAUGGCUAUGUAUGCGUUGACAGAAACGAAGAUCAUGAUAUUGCGAAUUCUUUGACUUCUAUACGAUCUUGUUCAUCCCAUGGUAUCAUUACUGAUCAGGUAUGGUGUUUCAAAUUUAUUCUUCCAUGGUGUCAUCGUUGUUGUCAAAUAUUUAAAAUUAUAUUUCCUUUUCUACUUCGAUUAUAUAGGUAGAUAAAAAAAAAGCUCUAUUUGAGAAAGUCUGCUCAAGGCAAGAAAAUGAAGUGAGUUUUAACGAAACGUCAUAUCGGUAAUAUGCCAAUAGUUCAUAGGUCACAGUCUAGAUACUGAGUAUGAUUUUAUGUUCUGUAUUAAAAUCAGUUCAAAUUUCAUUUAUUUAAGGGUGAUAUUUCAACUCUUUCUCAUCGUGACAGAUUUUAUGAGCAUGUGUUUGUUCUGUAACUAUGCUGGCAAAAAAUUGUAGGUCGGUCAAAUGAUGCCAGAUAUCGAUUUAUGGUUCCGAAACAUAUCUCACUCGAAAAUUCAGAGAAGAAGCCGAUCAUCUACCGUUUAGGUUCCUGUUUAUAGAGUUUUUUCAUCCCCUGGUUCACGAAGAAAUGGAGAUAUUGUAAUUAAUGAUGUUUUGGUGGUUGAUCUAUUUCUCUGUAGUCAGAUACGAGCAAUGAAAUCGUGUUAAUUUACUUUUAAUUUGACGUUUUAAUCCGCCUAUCGAUUACUGCAUGAUAUCAUAUCAGACUCCGAACCCUUUCAUCACAUAAAUUCCAAUUGUUCUGAACUACGACGUGAAGUCACAGUGACCCCAUGGGGCGGUACAGCUCAGAAAGGUUUCCUUUCUUCGUAACCUCAGGGCAUCCUUAAAAAGAUAAAGCACGCAGAAAUUCAUCAUCUUCUUCGCGAACAUGUGAAGAGCAACAUACUGCAGCUUGGCCGGGAUUUCUGCUUGCAGAGGUCCGGUAUUUCUCAGGGCAGCUUGCUAUCGUCUCUGCUGUGUUCAUUCUACUAUGGCCAUCUGGAGAGGAGCAUCAUAUUUCCAUUCCUUCGGAAGAUCCCCCAGCUUCCCCAUGCUAGUUCUAGUUCUAGCAACGCUAAAGAACCAGCAAUCGAGGGGGUUGCACGAGAUGAUGGCAACACAGAAGACCCCUCCUCUCCGCAGCACAUCUUGCUGAGAUUGGUCGACGACUUCCUCUUCAUAUCCUCCUCAGAGAAGCAAGCGAGCGGCUUCUUCAACAGGCUGUGCAGAGGAUUCAGGGAGUAUAACUGCUACAUGAAUAGCGAAAAGUUUGGCCUGAACUUCGACGUGGGUGGCAAAUCGGCUCCCAGGUCCAACAGAAGAUACGUGGGCGCGGAUGGCAUUCCAUUUCUUCCCUGGAGCGGCCUUCUCGUCAAUUGUCUCACAUUGGAGAUCCAAGCUGACUACACGAGGUCCUUUCUUCCUUCUUCCCGAGGGAGGAUACUAUUUAAUUUAAUAGUUUUUUUUUUCUUAUGUUUAGGUCGCUCGAUCUGUUUUCCCUAGGCUAACACCUUUACAAAGGGAAAAAUAUCCGUUGAAUAUUUCGCGUCCAUUUCUUUCUCCCGUAAAAUACAUUGAAAUGCUACAGAAAUCUUGUUCUACUUCUAAGAGAGGAACCGAUGGUGACUGUUCUGGCGCCCAGGGGAGGCAGCAAACCUUAAGACUUGGUUUCUUGUUGAAGAUAGGGCAUUGCUCCCGUUUCUGAAUCUGGUUAGUUUGGGAAGGAUUUAACUAUGGUUAAGCCGAGAGACUAAUCCGGAGGUGAAAAAAAUUCGCUAAUUUAACAAUCCUGUUUUAUGCAAAAUGUUAUUUAACCAUGGUUAGACCCCGGUUGACCGAGGACCCUGAUGAAAUCAUGAGAACCUAGAAAUCUGGAUUUUCAGCUGGAAUAUUUUUUCUGUGUUUUUGCUAGUAAAAUUACGCGAUUUAUUAUUUAUUUAUUCUGACUGGGCAGUGGCAUUGCACUGAAUUGAUCGGCUUUUCCCCCCUCUGUGUGGGAAACCAGGUACCUGGGCUCCCAUCUGAGAUCCACGCUCACUGUUCAUGCCCACGCGAAGGUAGGGGAGCACCUCGGAGAAAAGCUGUGCAACUACAUGAGGCCCAAGUGCCACCCUCUGUUCUACGACUCCUACAUCAACUCCCCGGCCGUCGUCCGGCUGAACGCCUACCAAGCCUUCCUACUCUGCGCCAUGAAGUUUCAUUCUUAUCUCCGCGCACUUCCAAACUGCCGCCUUGGGCCGUCACGUUGCCUCGAGAUAAUCCAGAGGUCCUUCAGGCGAGUCCUCAUCUCCCCUCUCCCUCCACUGUUAAGCAGAUGCUGGUAGUAUUCUCCACUUAAUAUUCCUCUCUCCCUCUCUCUCUCUCUCUCUCUCUCUCUCUCUAUUUUGGCCCUCUCAGCUAUAUGCAUAGGCUCAUCAAGAAGCGGAUGUACGGCGUGGGACGCAGGAAGCUGGACUUUGUGCCAGCUCUGAGGUUGAAGAAGGUCGAGACCGUGUGGCUGGGGCUCUCCGCCUAUAUACGCGUGCUGAGGAAGAAACAGUCGCGGCACGGCGAGCUGCUGUUGCUGUUAGGCGGCGCGCUGGAGGGCCUCGGCCGGCUGGAGGGUUGCGACCCGUCUCACUUGGAGUAUGCCGUCGACGACUCUCACUCCUCCCUGUUCUGGCAAAUCAAGUACUGAAGGUGCGUCCUUUUUUUUGCCUAUUUUGGAAUUCUUAUUUUCAUACAUAAUAUAUUGACAUUAAAAGAUGGACGAGGUUUGACGUGGGUGACUGAAGCGACCGGUGUCCUGUCUGACGUGAAAAUUUUCAGAAAUAAUAUUAUAUAUUAAAUCUGGCUUCUCUCGGAGUCUGUGACCCAGGCCUGGCCCGUCUGCGUCCCCUCUGGAGCGGAGAGUAGUACUACGAGGCGGCGUAAUGGCGCGCUGCAGGGAAGAAGGCGAGAUGAAUUACUUGCAGGAAAAGGGGAACAGUCCGAACGCAGAAAAACACGCCGCAUGGUUAGAACCGCCGAGCGCCGCUGGCCGUCGCGGUCGGUCGCCGCCGUUACGGAGGGAGCGUUAAUGAUUGGGCCGCCGGUGAGGCGGCGUGGAGAACCGGGCCCCUCGGUGAGUGCACUAUAG